AUGACUUCCACUAUAUCAAAUACGGCUGAUCCCGCGAUCGUGGAGCUCGAGAAUGCUAGAGACACCAAAGCACACCAUGACCCUCAUGCACCUGACGCUGACGAGCAAAAAGCCGAGAGUACCCCCUAUCGUCAAGACGUCUUUGGCAACGAAGAACAUGCAGAAGUCAAGUACAAAACACUGGAGUGGUGGCAAUGUGGCCUCCUCAUGGUCGCAGAAACCAUCUCCCUCGGCAUCCUCUCCAUCCCAAAAGCCAUCGCAGGACUAGGUGUCGCCCCUGCUCUUGUGAUCUUACUCUCAAUGGGCCUCGUUGCCUCUUAUACCGGCUAUGUAAUCGGACAGUUUAAAUGGCGGUAUCCUCACGUCGUGAGUAUGGCCGAUGCCGGUGAGGUGCUCAUGGGUCGCUUUGGGCGAGAGGUUCUGUUUAGCGGCCAGAUGCUGUUCCUGAUCUUCUUGAUGGCCAGCCAUAUUUUGACGUUUACGGUGGCCAUGAAUACCAUGACCGACCAUGGGACUUGCUCGCUGGUUUUUGGGGUUGUUGGGCUCAUUGUCUCGCUCAUCUUUUCGCUGCCCCGGACGAUGAAGAAUAUGUCGUGGCUUUCGCUUGCUUCAUUUAUUAGCAUCUUCUGCGCGGUUGUCAUCGCCAUGAUCGCCAUCGGCAUCCAGCACCCUGGAGGCCCCGUCAAAGCCACGACAGAAACAAGCCUCGUUACUGGGUUUACCUCGGCCUUGAACAUCAUCUUGUCCUACGCAAGCCACAACGCCUUCUUCAACAUGAUCGCCGAACUCAAGGAACCAAGGGACUUUCCGAAAGCCCUCACUCUCCUCCAAACCAUCGAUAUCUCGCUAUACCUCGUUGCAGGCGUGGUCAUCUACUACUAUGCCGGCGACGACGUAAAGUCACCGGCCCUGGGUUCUGUGAGCCCGCUCGUCUCGAAGAUUGCUUAUGGCGUUGCUCUUCCGACGAUUAUCCUCGCCGGUGUCAUAAACGGCCACAUUGCCUGCAAAUCUAUCUAUACACGUGUCUUCGCGGGGACUGAUCGUAUGCACAAGCGCGACAUUAUGGCCGUCGGCUCUUGGAUUGGGAUUGCCGUUGCGCUGUGGGUUGUUGCGUGGAUUAUCGCGACUGCUAUUCCCGUGUUUAGCACGCUGCUGAGUUUGAUGACUGCCCUCUUCGCCAGUUGGUUCAGUUUCAGCCUCCCCGGCGCCUUUUGGCUAUUCAUGAACAAGGGCCUGUGGUUUUCGUCGCCGAGGAAGAUUCUUCUCACCUGUGUCAAUGUCUUUUGCUUUGUUAUUGGCGUUGUUAUGUGUGGCCUUGGUGUGUAUGCCUCUGGAAAGGCGAUCCAUGAUGAUACCGGACGGGCGAGUUUCUCGUGUGCGAAUAAUGCGUAG